CUCAUAUUCACUCUUUUACCAUUUCACUCACAAUGGUUGUCUCUCUUGGCCCCGGCAAGUUCUACGGCACCAGCCUCCCUCGCCCUCGGAUCUACGCCGACGUCAAGUUCAACGACCACCGCGUCGAUCCUCCAGUUUCCGUCACCGACCCACUAAUGUCUUGGGCCCAAGAAGCCCACUGGUCCAUGGGCGGCCUCAGCUUCAAGCGCCUCCGCCUCCAAGGCAAAAUUGAAGGCAACGUUGACAGGCUCCGAUCCCAGCGCGAAAAACUCUCCAAGACCCAGGCCCAAAGCCCACUCCCCCCGGCCCACUCGGAUCUCCGCGGCUCUAAAAGAACAGCCUCACCUUCGCCACCACCUGCUCCGGUUGCGACGAAGCGGCGAAGGCGGUUGAUGGCUCUGAUCGAGCAAGACGAGGAGAAAGAGGAAGAACAGGUUAAGGUUGUGAGUGGCGGUGUUCGGAGGAGGCGCUUGGUGAAGAAGCUUGGCGAUGAUUUUGACAGAGUCGCUUCUUUGGAGAACGAGGUUUCUGACACGACGUCGUUGAGGGCUCGGAGCCCAAAAUCGGUUCAAGACGGUGAAGCUGCAAAGGUUGUUGAAGAGGCGGUGAAAUCAAACCCUAAAGGAAACAAGAGUGAAGCUGAGAAAAGCCCUGUUUCUGUCAAUGGGGUUAGAACUUCACCCAGAUUCGCUAAGCGUCGUUCCAAUUAGCCAUUCCAAAGUCUUUUUUUCUUUUUAAUUUUUCAUUUUAGGGUUUUGGACGCUACCUUUAUUUGUGAACAAGAAAGAGGGAACUUGUUUUCUUCUGCUGCGCAUGUACAUAUCAUUUUGUUUCCCGUUGAUAUAAUUAUUAUGGUAUAUGCUGUU